UAUUGCGUCACUCCAGUGACGCAGCACCACAACAAAAGCGGCCAUCUUUGCCAACAGGAAGCAGAGGAAAAAGAAGUGGGAGUCUGACCAAAAACACUUAGAGUUUUACCUGUCAAAAUGAAGUGGGAAUACAAGGACGAGCAUCCUUUCGAGAAGCGGAGAGCCGAGGGAGAGAAGAUCAGGAACAAAUACCCCGACAGAGUUCCGGUGAUUGUAGAAAAAGCCCCCAAGGCUCGCAUCGGAGACCUGGAUAAGAAGAAGUACCUGGUUCCUUCAGAUCUCACAGUUGGUCAGUUCUACUUCUUGAUUCGGAAGCGGAUCCACCUGCGUCCAGAAGACGCACUCUUCUUCUUUGUGAACAAUGUCAUUCCCCCCACCAGUGCGACCAUGGGCUCCUUGUACCAGGAGCAUCACGAGGAGGAUUUCUUCCUGUACAUAGCCUACAGCGAUGAGAGUGUUUACGGCAUGUAGGCAGCCGCCCCUCAAGUCACUCUUAAGACACACGCUAAGCAGGGCUUACCACUGCUUAAGAACAUUAGCAUAAUAACACCAUCUUCUUUAAGAAAUUCUCUAGGUGUAAUAUAAGAAAAUCGAGCUAUAAAAAAUCUUGAGAAAUUUGCCGCGUCGUAGAGAGAUAUUUGCUGGAUUUGUGUAUGACUCUGAGAACGGCUGAAGUUUUUUUUUGCUGAAUAUGUAUCUGGUUUUACAUAACACUUUCCCUUGUAUAAAACUUGUGUUUCCGCUUUGUUUAAUCGUGUAGAUCAAAAAAAUAAAAAGAGUGGAGUAGAGAAAAAUGAGAAAAGGGCAGUUUGUUAUUUGAGUAUGAGAAUUGUAUUUGGUUUUAGUUUUAAUUGGGGACUGCAUUGUAGUUUUGUCAUAAAACUGAACUUGCUGGAGCACGGAUGCUUUGGUGAACAAGGGUUAAUCUUGGUAUUUGUAGGUAAACAUAUUUAUGAACCAGUAAAUAAACUUUUAUGUAAUAUGCAUUACCCAUUUCUGUAAUAGUAAUAUCUGGGAGGGCACUUCAAUUUUUUUCAUUCAGUAAACCUCAAGUUGACAGUUUAUGCUCACAAACGAUUUGAAUACCUGCUUUUGCCUCUGAUUCUGUUGAGUUGCAGUAUAAACUCUCUUAUUACAAUAUUUUAUUGUUAUAAUAACUUAAAUAAAACACAGAAGGGUGUAAAGGACACUUUGGUGACACGUAUCAAUAAAAUCACGUGUACA